UGAGAUAAAAGCCUCUCCAUUUUCUUCCCAGGGCAGCAGCACCAUUUUAAGAAGUCGCUUGGUGCGUUUGGCACGAUUCGGUGCUAUUCUGUAAACGAUAACAGAAGUUAGUUGUAUAAUUUUUGUUAUUUACGACGCUUACUUUGGUGGUCAAGUGUUUUUCAUCGACCUAAAGGGGAAAUAACAACACCUUUUACGGCAUUGUCGGAGCAAGCUAUCCCUUGAAGCUAAUAAUAGCUGGCUAGCUUUUUUUUUAUCAACCAAUGCAACAUUCAUUGACCCUGCUACAACAGAAGCCAAUCAAAAUGAGUGCUGCAUCUUCUCAAACAGUUGUCCUGAAGAGCACCACCAAAGUGUCCCUGAAUGAGCGCUUCACUAACAUGCUGAAGAACAAGCAGCCCACUGCGGUUAGCAUUCGAGCCACCAUGCAACAGCAGCAUAUGGCCAGUGCCCGCAAUCGCCGGCUGGCCCAGCAGAUGGAGAACCGACCCUCUGUGCAAGCAGCUCUGAAUCACAAACAGAGCCUGAAGCAGCGACUGGGGAAGAGCAACAUCCAAGCCCGACUGGGUCGGCCUGUUGGGAUGGUAAUGCGUGGCGGCGCCGUUGGUGGCCGAGGUGGAUUGCGAGGGAUGACCAGAGGACUUCGCGGAAGAGGCAGAGGAGGAAUGAUGAGAGGUGCCCUGUCCUUGAGAGGAAAGCGAAUGGCUCCUGGUGGCCCCAUGCGAGGUCGUGGCACUAUUGGUCGUAUGCCAAUGCGUAGAGGCGGCCGCCAGAGAGCAGGAAUUCCUGGCCGAGGAGGGCCGAUGGGGAGAGGUGCAGUCCGUGGAGGAGUGUCCAGAGGCCGUGGCGGACUCCGUGGGCGUGGCGGUUUUGCUGGCCGACGCGGCCGUGGCAGAGGCGUCGGCCGACCCGCCGUGACCCGUGAGCAACUGGACAACCAGCUGGAUGCGUACAUGUCCAAGACCAAAGGUCAUCUAGAUGCCGAGUUGGACGCCUACAUGGCGCAGGCGGACCCGGAUAGUAUGGAGUGACCCUGACGGACAUGUUGCAAAAACUGUACAGCUCCUUGAACACAUACAUACAUACAUGUGUAGUGUUGUUUACUUGUUCUCCCAAAUAGGCGGGAUGGUUUUGAUGAGAGCAUAAACAGUCCAGGACUCUGCUUUGGACCAGCACAAAACCAUUAACACUCAAUGGGCUUCUGUCCAAACAUCAUUUAUACAGCAAAGCCCAAUUUCAUUCUAGUUGAUAGAUGAAAUGAUUUUUAUAAAGCGCUCAGUUGAUUUUAAGUCCUUUUUUUUUUCUUUUUUUUUCCCUUCCCCCCCCCCCCUUUUUUUUUUUUUUUUUUUUUUUACCAGUAUACACUCUUUUUAAACCCACUUCAAGAACCCAUCCCAGUUUGUCAUUUUAUUUCUAUCACCUUUCUUCUUUCUGUCUGUCAUACAAAUGUUACAUUUUGCCAUGCUCCCAAUCUGGUCCUCAAGCAUUUUCACUGGAAAUGUGUUCUAAGUUAUUUGUUGAAGAAUGUGUCAACAAAGCGUUUUUUUUCCAGUGCAUUUGUCUUACUGUUAAUUUUUCUCUCUUUAAAGAAAGGAUUUUCAUAAACAAUCAUA